AUGAAGUUUUUAAAUAACCUUAAAGUUGCACUUCAAAUUGGAUAUUUCAAAAUUGAAUUGGUAAUAGUUUUAAUAGUUUUCUCAGCCAUUGGAUGUCACCAACUACAUAAAAUUCGUUCACACGGCGAUCUCAUCGUCAACACGGAAAGUGGUUUGGUGCGAGGGCACAGAUUCCACAUACCAAGCGUUAUCAGUCCAAUAGAUGCCUACCUUGGCAUUCCAUUCGCCAAACCUCCAGUGAAAAAGUUACGCUUUCGACAUCCACAACCGUACGGCAAGUGGGAAGGAGUUUACAAUGCCACCAGGUUACCAAAUUCUUGUUUCCAAAUGCCGGACACAGUCUUCGGGGCAGAUUUUCCAGGCUCCAGUGCUUGGAAUCCAACAACAAAACUGAGUGAAGAUUGUUUAUAUUUAAACAUAUGGGUUCCAAAAACAACACCAAAAUUGCGCAAAUCGGCAGUCAUGGUCUGGAUAUACGGAGGUGGAUUUUACAGUGGAACCACAACUUUGAAUGUAUACGAUGGAAAGAUACUGGCAGCAAACAGUUCUAUAAUUGUAGUUUCCGUGGCAUAUCGUGUUGGUGCUUUUGGUUUUUUGACUCUAAAUCACCCUUCUGCUCCAGGAAAUGCUGGUUUGUUUGAUCAGUUGAUGGCUCUUGAAUGGAUCCAACGUAAUAUCAAAUAUUUCGGAGGAGACCCUGAAAACAUCACUCUGUUUGGUGAAAGCGCUGGUGCAGUAAGCAUAAGCAUGCAUCUUCUUUCUCCAUUGAGUCACAGUAAAUUUCAACGAGCCAUCCUGCAAAGCGGAGUUGCCAACAUGCCCUGGGCGUUCACAACUAUGGAACAAGCUAAACGUCGAGGCAUUGAUUUUGCUAUUGCAACUAUGAGCUGUAACUACACUGAUAUAGAAGUUUUAGUCGAUUGCUUACGUGAAGUUCCAGAUUAUAUUCUGGCGGAGCAUCAGUACAUAACUCGAGGUAUCAUGCAAUUCCCAUUCAUCCCGGUCAUCGAUGGAUCUUUCCUUCCUGAACAUCCCAAGGAAAUACUCAAAAAGGGAAAUUUCAAACAUUGCCCAAUUCUACUUGGUAGCAACAAAAACGAAGCAACUUUUUUUCUCAUUUAUGAAUUAACCGAUUGGCUGAAUCUAACCUCAAUCAAAAUGACUAAGACAGAUUAUUUGGAGAGCAUGAACAGAUUAUUUUUUACCCACCCGCAUCCUAAUAGAGUAACCUAUCCAUUUGUCAUGGAAUCAAUCCAAUUCCAAUAUGCAAACUGGCUUGAUGAAGACAACUACGUUCUGAACACUCAAGCAUUAGAUGCCGCAGUUUCCGAAUAUCACUUCAUCUGUCCAGUCAACCAGUUCGCUCAACUUUAUGCUUCACUUGGAGAGAACGUCUACAUGUACUACUUCACACAGCGGUACAGCACGAAUCCCUGGCCUGCUUGGAUGGGAGUCUUGCAUGGCGAUGAAAUCAUGUUUGUCUUUGGAGAAGCGUUGAAAUCGCUCGCAAAUUACAGCGAAGACGAUAAAAAGCUUAGUCGAAUCAUGACGGAAUAUUGGGUUAACUUUGCCAAAACAGGAGAUCCGAACCAAAUUCCAGGAGUGAGGACCACGCAGGACUGGCCCCUGUACACGCCGAAUAUGAAGGAGUACCUCGAACUCAAUUCCAAGUUCCUGGACGAUCCUGACAGCACAAAAGCCGUCGGGAGGGGACCACGCAUUAAGGAGUGUGCCUUCUGGGAUGAAUACAUUCCACAGUUGAAUGCCGUCAUCGGUUCGUUGGUUCACCCAUUCACUAAAUGUCGCCUCUCCAUUUUGAUUUUCACAUUAAUUUUUUUUACCACAAAUUAA